AUGCGCCUUCUUGUUUGUUCAAACGUGUUCCCUCUCCGCCUCUUCCCCUCUCUCUACCCCUCUCCCUCUUCCUCCUCUACUCUCAAGGAGCUAUGGAAGUCGUGGGCCAUCGACAUCAAUAUCGACGGUCAAUGUGUGCCGCAUAAUCUCUCUUCUCUCCCCCUUCUCGCUGCAGUGCCGCCUCUCAAGGAGCUGUCCAAGGUGUGGGGAAUCGAUAUUGUCAACGGCGGGGACUGCGCGGACUGGUAUAACACCCAGGUGGUGCGCGAGUGCGACAAGGAAGGCUUCAUCGUCUCCAUCACGUACGUGCCUUUGCCUGCUGUGCCCCCUUUGCCCCCUGUGCCCCCUGUGACAAUGAUGUUGAGAUGCCGAUGUCCAGCGUCGAUCAGCCUCCGACAUGGCUUCGACACCAUUCCAGAUGUCAUCACCAACCUCACACGACUCACCUCCCUCCUCUCACCUCCCUCCUCUCACCUCCCUGUGAGCCUCUCACCUCCCUAUGAGCCUCUCACCUCCCUGUGA